UGGGUACUGUUCUCUUCGCGCCAGUCCCGGUAAAUUUCUGUCGAGGAGACGCAAAAUCUUUUUAAACAUUUUUGACAUUUUUAUCUGGUUAAUCGUCGUAAAAGCAUAUAAGCUGCCCUACACUCACGAUGUCGAAGCUCAGUCUCAGCAAAAAUAAGGCGAAAAAGAAGGUCCCAUUGCCAGAAUCCUCAAAGAGCAAGCAGCAGACUUUGACAAGCUACUUUUCCGUCACUUCUCCAAGUUUGAAAAAAGUCCCAAUUGGCAUUAACAAUGGCAGUGUUUGUCUUGAGGAAGAUGAUGAUGUGAAGAUAAUUGAAGAGUUCAAAGAAAACGAUUCAGUGACACAAUCCACAAAAGAAACAAAAGUAUCAGAAACUAUGGAUAUCAAGCAGGAAGCUUUGAAGGAAAAACCAGUAAUACCUCAAGAAGAGCUUCAAUUAAAAUCUCCAUUGAAGAAAAAGAUGAGAACUGAGGAAAAUAUUGAAUGCAUCAUCGAUGGAGUAAAAGAUUGUGGAGACACAGGGUGUAGUGAAUUGCGAUCCAAAGAAUUGAAAGAACUUGAGGCUCUGGAAGCGGCUUCUUUGAUGGACGUGACAUUUGACUUCUGCAGUGAAGACGAAGUUGAAACCAGCUUCCGAGAAAUCAAGCUCGAGUCACAGGAGUUUGACCUUUCAAUUAUCCAGAGGUGCAAAGUGAAGAGUCUUGAAAUGCAAGCAAACGGUAGUAAAAUAGUAGAAUUGCAAUCAUUUGGAAACAAGGACCUAGUGGCCAAUUGCACCAUGAGUGGAUCAUGGUCUUGGGAGAGUAAUAUAAAGGAAGGAUGUACAAUCAACGUCAGAGCUAUUAAGUCUUUGGCUGGAGAGUGGAUGGUCUAUGAUGAUCCUGAUGACAUUUGCCUCCUGGUUGAAGAGCCUGACGUGCUGCUCAGUUGCACAACAGUUAUGUCUGCACUUCGCUGCCGACGGGCUGCUGUUCUCUCUGAGCUUUUCAAGGGCUUGGGCAAGGAAGAUCGAGGUGGUUACUUAGCACUUGGCAAACUGAUGCAUGAAGUCACCCAGCAGUGUCUCGAGGAAAAAUUGCUCACCCAAUAUUCUGUGGAAAAAGUGUUUGAGUCGCUUUUGAAGAAUCCGAGGAUAAUUUUUGACAUGUACACCAUGGAAAACGACCUGGCCAAGCUCAAAGAAGCUGCACAACCAUACUUCUCGAGCAUUGCCAAGUUUCUUGAACAACACGCUUCUCCUGGUGAUUAUUUGAGUGACGAUCUCUUGACAGAGGCUUCUAAGAGAGGAAGCGAUGUUUGGCCUGGGAAAAUUGAUGAAGUGGUAGACAUCGAGGACACCCUCUGGAUGCCUCAGUUUGGUCUAAAAGGGAAACUUGAUGUUACUGGAAGGGUGAAGCACUACAGCAAUAUGAAAGAGAUAAAUGAAAUUCCGUUGGAGUUGAAGACUGGCAGAAUGGACACUGACCAAGUAAGCCACCGAGGGCAGUUAAUGCUUUACUCCGCAAUGAUGGCUGAGGCAGAGCAGAAGCCUGUUCAAUAUGGACUUCUCAUAUAUUUGAAGAACUGUGCUGUGAAAGAAGUCCGAGCAAACAAGGGUGAGAUGAGGGAUGCGAUCAUUCUUCGUAACGAGUUAGCAAAGGCAAUCAAUGGCAGGCCAGAAAUAAUAAUAGAGGAUGAAAACAACCCAAAAAAGAAGACUAUGAAACCGCCAAUGCUGCCAGCGCCCAUAAAAAGACCUAGAGAAUGCAUUAGAUGUCCAUACUUGGACGUGUGUACUGCUUACUCCAGCAAAGAGGAGUACGACAAUCCAGUGCAAAAGGACAGGCUGAAAGAGCGAGAAGGAAAUUUGACUGAAAAUCACAUUAACUACUUUAUUCAUUGGGCUUGUCUAACUCAACUGGAGGAACAGGGCUGCAACGUGAACUUGGAAAUUUUGUGGACCAAAGCACCACAUGAAAGGGAGGCUGAUAAGCGUGGUUGUUUGAGUUCAUUAAAAAUUGAAUCCUGUGUGAAAAAUGGUCUUCAGUUUACCACUAUUUUGUCAAGAGCAGAGGACUCAAAGUGCUCCGACAGAUUGGAUGCUGCGGGAAUCAAUGUGAGCGACUUUGUCGUCUUUGGCAAUCAAAAGAGAAUUGUACUGAGCCUUGCUACUGUGAAGAGUAUUUCUGCUGACAAAGUUGAAAUAUCUGUCGACAAAGAUUUCUCUAAAAAGUACGGGAACAAGUACUAUACCCUGGAUAUUUACAAGUCGAACAGAAUGUUGACAACGAAGUUAGUAGCACUGGCCAGUUUGUUAGCAAACACUGAUGAAGCUUUCAACCUUCGACGAAGAAUCAUCGAUAGGAUUGAUCCAAAAUUUGUCAAAUCUGAUUCUUGGAAUUAUGUGCACAAAAUCAUGCCUGAAGUGCUGGAGAGUCUGAACAUGGAUCAGAAAAUGUGUGUCCAGAGAGUGCUAGAGGCUCAAGAUUAUGUUUUGGUGCAGGGUCUCCCUGGAAGCGGGAAAACUUCAACGAUUGUGACGUUGGUCAGAAUUCUUGCAGCCCUUGGCUUUUCAAUUCUAGUAACCAGCCAUACCAACUCUGCUGUCGACAAUGUGCUAUGUCGCCUACUGCCUUUCAACCUCAACAUCCUCAGAUUGGGUGCGUCUAGUAAAUUUGCAAACAGCCUGAAGGAUUACACGGAAGCUGCUUUGUCGGAAAAAGCUUCGUCGAUUGUUGAAUUUGAUCAACUGGUUCAAGAAAAGAACGUCAUUGGUGUCACAUGUACAAGUGCAAACAAUCCUCUUCUGAGGAGGAAGCAUUUUGAUUACUGCAUCGUUGAUGAAGCCACGCAAGUGCCUCAGCCGUCUGCAAUUUCAGCUCUUCUCUGUGCCAAAAGAUUUGUCCUUGUAGGCGACCCUGACCAACUGCAGCCCGUGGUCACUAAUAAAGAUGCAAAGGAGCUUGGAAUGGAGGAAACCCUUUUUGAGAGACUGCAGAGACCCCAAAGCACAGCAGUCCUAGGCUUGCAAUAUCGCAUGAACGCAUCUAUCUGCGAUUUAGCCAACAAGAUAACCUACAAAGGUGCUCUUAAGUGUGGAAAUGACCAAGUUGCUCAAUCAAAGUUCUUACUUCCAAAAGAAACCGUGCUAAGUACUUGCCCUUCGUGGCUUAGAAAUAUCCUUACUCAUGAGAAUGGAGCAGUCUUUGUGGAUACUGGCAAAACUAAGGCAGCGAAUGAUGACGAACCCAAAACUGAAGACGUUUUUAAUGAGAAAGAAGCUGCAUUGAUUGCAGUGCUAGUGGAAACCCUCAUUAAGGGAGGAGUCAUCUGUCAGGACAUUGGUGUCAUGACACCAUUCCGAAGACAAGUUGCGCUUAUCUCUGCCUCAUUACGUCAUGAAGGUCUUGAUAUUUCCACUAUCGAUCAGUUCCAAGGAAAAGACAAGUUGGUUUGCCUUGUCUCAUUCACCAAGUCAUUCAUUGAAGAGAAUGAAAGCAACAAACAACGUGGAGGGAUUCUGACUGACUUCAAAAGACUGACAGUAGCUAUCACCAGGGCCAGGGUCAAGCUGAUUCUGGUUGGCGACCUUGAGUCUUUGCAGGGCUUUGAGCCUUUACGACAACUCAAAGAAGCUCUUCAGGGCAACAUUAUUGGUCUAUCUGAUCCAGAGAGUGGAUUCACUUGGGAAUCAAUUUGAUCAUGAAGUAGAAGCUAACGAGGAGAAAAAUAAAAGCUUUUUUUCUAAUAUUUUUGAUUAAUUAAAUAAAAUAUGCAUUGGCUUGACC